AUGCGAACAAUCACCACCAAAUAUACCCCGAAACCCAAACCAGUUCCCCUGCCAGAAAAUCUACCAGAGCAAUACUAUUCACAGCUUCCUUUACAUAUUCGUCCACAGCCAGAGAAGAAAAAAUGGCGAAUCCACCCAUCCCCCCCCUCCGAAAUGAACAGAUGCAAGGACCCCGUCGCCGCCGUCUCAGGUCGCCAAAUGGCCGUCCUCGACCCUACAGGCGAACGCAAAGCCUUGUUUGACUACCGACGAAGUGCCCGCAGCGUGAAACCGGGCGACAUUGUACGAGUGACAUUCAAGAGCGGUGAUCCGUUCUCAGGUGUUUGCCUGGCCAUCAGACUUCGCGGGGUGGAUACAUCGUUCUUGCUGAGGAAUCAAUUGACCAGAGUUGGAGUGGAAAUGUGGAUCAAGGCAUACAGUCCGAAUGUGGAGGGUGUUGAGAUCGUGCAGAGGACGGAGAAGAGGAAGAGGAGAGCUCGACUUUAUUACAUGCGUCAACCCAAGCAUGAUAUGGGCAGCGUGGAGAGUAUUGUGCGCAAUUACCUCCGCCAGAAGUCGGCUAUGGCUGGUCAGCCCAUCCACAAAUACUGGGAUCAUCUCCUCGAACUUAUUCAAGCGGAAAAGAUCAAGCCACUGCACAUGGUCACCCAUCGCUUCGACAUCACCGACAUGGAGAAAGUUUACUCUUUGUUCGAUAAGCGACAGCCUGGUAUUCAGAAGGUGUUUAUUCACACAAGGCAUUCGGCACCGCCUGCCCCUGGAGCGCUGGAGUUGACUCGAUUGUAA